UGAAAAGUUUCUAGAAUGCUCCAGUACACUUCAAGCCAAGUUAGAACACUUUAUAACUUUAAUAAGCCAUCUAGAACGUUCCAAAACACUUUCCAGCAGCAUUUUGGAAGGCUUUCCUUAGAAUUAUAGAGCCUGGGAAUAGACAAAAAUUGAAAAGUUAUGGAAUGAGUAAUAAUAAGAAAAUAUUAGUCCUGAAGGCGUCAUUAGUCAGACGCCUGAAAGACGUUGGUUUUUAUAACAUUUUAAGACGCCUUGAACACGUAAGUAGAAGUCUAAAAAACAGUAAGCAGUUAUGUUCAAACAACGUCUUCUAGGCCUCUUUUUUUGGUCUUCAGACGGACGUAAUGCAGACCUAAAAAAAGACGUCUUCACGACUUUGUGUGCUGUCUGGGCUGAAACAGCUAGAGACCAAGUUUUCAAUUAAAGAGACUCUUAUUUUAAAAGCAUUCAAUUGGAAACGUUGAACAAAUAUAAAAAAAUAAGAACUUUUGGUAGAACUCAAAGAAAAAUUAAUACACCCCAAAUAAGUAACCAACGGUAUCCAAAUCCUUACAGGGUAAAUCAAUUAUUUAUUUCGACACCUGUCUGACAACCUGAAAAUCUCUAUUCCGAAUUCCCUUCCCCAAUUCAAAAACAGGUGCCUAAAAACCCUCUAAUUGCCGCGACGUAAUCCCGAAGGAUUCCUGGAGAAGCGCGUCUAAUUGGCCUCCGAAACGAAUCCCGAUCGAUGCCGAGAAUAUCGUCGUAUGCCUGUUCCAGGGACUCAAUCACUUAAGGCCGUUAAGUAAGUUAAUUACGAAAUAGCGCUCAAAUGAGACACACGGUUAUGUGACGCUUUUUCUUCCAGAAAUCGGAAGAUUUUUAUUAUCAUUUGGCAUGAUUUAGUUUUUUGCGCUUUUUAGUUUUUUUUUUUAUUAUUUGAACUUUUUUUAAUUAUUUUUUUGUUCAAUUUUGUGCGUGUGCUUUGCUUUUAAGUUUGUGAUUAUAGGUAAGUACUUAUUUUAAUAUGUUUACUAAUAAAUUUUACUUUUCUAUAACUUAUAUUAUUUAUUUUUUUAUGUUUUGAAUAAGCUAUUAGCAUAAUUUUAUAGUUUUCUUUAUACACAUUAAAAACCAGUUACAAAAGUUAAAAAAUAUAUCUACUUUCUCUCUAAACUUUUUUGAACUUUUCCUAGUUAAGAUGUUGCUAAAGUCGGUACCAGAAGGAUGCUACCUCUCUCCGGACCAGCUCUACAACCCAUUGACUAAUUACACCCAAGCAGAACUAAUGGAAAAAUUCAACUUGGCAUUUUACGAAGCUCAAACUGUUUCCAAAACGGACAUUAUCGAAACCUUACAAGAUCCUUAUGAAAACAAAACUAACGACGACGAUCUGAUUGAUUUUUUAAUAUCGGAAGAUUCCAGUCCCACCGAUUGCGAUAUCAAUUUCGACUUCAAUGAUUUCGUUGAAGAUUUCGACCACAACGUUCGAGACUCGUUUUCUGAUUCUACGACUGUUGUUGAAUUCGAUACCGAAACUUUUACCACGGAGAGUACCAGUAGUAGCGCUGCCACUGGAACAGUAAAGGAGUUUUCAAAUUUCUACGUAUCUCCACCGAUAAUGAAAAAUAAUUUCAAUCAAAAACAGGACGCUUUCGAAGAUAUUAAUAUUUGUGAAGUAUUGUCUGAUACUUCGUUGGACAUUGGAGAUUGGUCGUCGGAAAUACAAGAUUUGGACGAGACCUCGAUUGAUGAAUAUGCUGGAACCACUUGCCUACCACCUGUUGGUACCAUCAUCACCAAGAAUAAUUUCGAUUUCAACUGUUACGUCAGAAAUAUACCUGAUGAUGAUUUGGGAUAUUUGAAACAGGAUUCAGAAUCCAAGAGCGAGUUUGGGCACUUGCUGAAGACAUCCGAAACAAAAAAUUGCGACUUCGCAUUGAACGCUUUAGAAAAAGAACAAAUGUGCCAUGUUAUGGAACAAAAUCACAUGGUGCUGCCUCAGUCGGAUGCUUUAUUGAACGAUGAUCCAUUGUUGAGUUCCAGUAACAACUUUUAUGCAAGUGACACUCGAUUAAUUUCGGACAAUUUGGAUCAGGAAGCGGACAAGCAAGAAGACGGAGUGACUUCCACCGGUUUCUAUCAGUGCAAAUGGGAAAAUUGCUAUCAAAAGUGUUCCAGUCAACCGGGUUUGGUGAAUCACAUCGAAAAGAGUCACGUGGAACUUAAAAGAGGAGACGAAUUUACUUGCUUCUGGGAACAAUGUCCGAGAAAAACGAAGCCCUUCAAUGCCAGAUACAAAUUGCUGAUCCACAUGAGAGUCCACAGCGGGGAAAAACCGAACAAAUGUCCGUUCGAAGGGUGUAACAAGGCAUUUUCCAGACUCGAAAAUCUCAAAAUCCAUCAGAGAAGCCAUACCGGUGAGAGGCCGUACCUUUGCCAGUUUACCGGCUGCUCGAAAUGCUUCUCGAACAGUUCUGAUAGAGCUAAACAUCAAAGAACUCAUUUUGAUACUAAACCUUAUGGCUGUCAAGUUACCGGUUGCUUUAAAAAAUACACCGAUCCAAGCAGUUUGAGAAAGCACGUCAAAACUCACAGUCACGAAGAACAGUUGCAAAUGAAAAAGAAAACUCCGGAAGAAAGUUUGUUUGCCAAUGUGAAUGCGAAAAAGCUUUUGGAUCCUAGCAGACAGAAAGCAAUCAAAUUCGAAGUUGCAUUCAAUAAGUCCGAAUACGAUCAUACGUAUUCGAACUCGCCCCAACAUUCUAUUCAUUUAAAUAAAUUCGUUUCUAUUAAUGUCAGACAGGAUUUGAAAAAUAAAAUUGAGAAAAAUAAGAUCAGAAGAACUAUGUUUUAAAUUUAAAUACAAUUUUUUUUUUAUUAUUGUAGGUUAUUGUUAGGUUAGGUUUAAGUAAAAUUUACUAAGUGACUAUAAAGACCAACUAUUUUGUGAUAUGUAAAAUAAUGUAGAUAAUAUUUUGUUGGGAAUGAGAAUAUAUUUUUUAUAUCUGAUUUUGU